CUGCGAGGGCCGCACUUCCGCCUCGGUGUCAGCCGUGCCGGGCCGGGGGGUGUCGCGGCGGGGCCGUCGCGGGAGCGCGGUGUCAGAUCAUCUAAAGCAGCUGGGCAUUUGCAAAAGAGGGCUUUGACAGCACACAGACAAUCUCUAAAUCAAGUUCAAGGAUGCAUUAGAGGAAGCUGGAUUGGCUGUACAGAGAUUCCACACUGAAGGAUGAAUAGUGAAGAAGAGUUUUAUGAUGCCGUUACGGGCUUUGAUUCUGACAAUUCUUCAGGAGACUUUUCAGAAGCAAAUCAUAAAGUGUCAGAAAUGCUUGAUCUGGAUCCACACCAAAGCAGUAGGACUGGAAAGCGUAACGGAGAGACAGAGAUUCAAGAAAAUGGAAUUAAGAGGCACAGGACAUCAUUACCUGCCCCAAUGUUUUCUAGGAGUGAUUUUAGUGUGUGGAGCAUAUUAAAAAAAUGCAUUGGACUGGAGCUGUCCAAGAUCACGAUGCCUAUUGUCUUCAAUGAGCCGUUGAGUUUCCUGCAGCGGAUAACGGAAUACAUGGAACACAUAUACCUCAUUAAUAAGGCUUGUAGUCAUGCAGACCCCCUGGAAAGAAUGCAGGCUGUAGCUGCUUUUGCAGUUUCUGCUGUAGCUUCUCAGUGGGAGAGAACUGGCAAACCAUUUAACCCACUGUUAGGAGAAACCUAUGAAUUAACCAGGGAGGAUUUAGGAUUUAGGUUUAUAUCUGAGCAAGUCAGCCACCACCCACCUAUUAGUGCAUUUUAUUCUGAAGGCCUCAAUAAGGAUUUUAUUUUUCAUGGAUCAAUCUAUCCCAAACUAAAAUUCUGGGGAAAGAGUAUAGAAGCAGAGCCUCGGGGAACCAUUACUUUGGAGCUUCUGAAACAUAAUGAAGCUUACACAUGGACAAAUCCAACCUGCUGUGUACAUAAUGUAAUUAUUGGUAAACUGUGGUUAGAACAAUAUGGAACAGUAGAAAUUGUAAAUCACAGUACUGGAGAUAAAUGUGUCCUUAAUUUUAAACCAUGUGGCCUGUUUGGGAAAGAGCUUCACAGAGUGGAGGGAUACAUCCAGGACAAAAACAGAAAGAAGCUGUGUGUGAUCUAUGGCAAGUGGACAGAAUGUUUGUGGUGCACUGAUCCCACCAUGUAUGAGACGUACAAGAAGAACGAGAAGAGAGGCGGGGAGCAGAAGAAACCGAAGCCGACUGAAGAUGUUAUUAAAUCUGAAAAUGAUGAGGCUGAUGAUAUGCCAGAGGUUCAAGACACGGUGCAGUUCAUACCAGGCAGUAAAUUGCUUUGGAGAAUAAAUUGUAGGCCACCAAACUCAUCCCAGAUGUACAAUUUCACCAGUUUUGCUGUGAGUCUCAAUGAGCUAGAAGAGGGCAUGGAGGCAAUACUGGCUCCCACUGACUGUCGGCUGCGCCCAGAUAUCAGAAAUAUGGAAAAUGGAAACAUGGACGUGGCUAGCAAAGAAAAAGAGAGACUGGAGGAGAAGCAACGAGCUGCUCGCAAGGAGCGUGCGAAGGAUGAAGUGGAGUGGCACACACGGUGGUUUCAUCAAGGCACUAACCCACACACUGGGACUCCAGACUGGCUGUACUCAGGUGGCUAUUUUGAUAGAAAUUUCUCAGACUGUCCAGACAUAUACUGAAGUUAUGGAACCAAUUGCUCAUCUCGCCUGGACAUCUAGUUACUAGAUUUCAUUCCAAGCCAGUCACUCUGGUGUCAUUGAUAGCAAAAACCAGCUUUUCUAAGUAAAUUUUAACAAAAAUUCUAUUGGUCAACAAUCAAGAAUUUAAUUAUCACUAACGCUGGAUUGCCAAAUAUUUAAGUACUGUUGCAUUCUUUCCAUAAAACUGCACCUGAAAUUGUCAUGUUUUCACUACUUUUCAAAGGGACCUUUGGUUCUUCAUUUCCCCCCAACCCCAGUUUCCUUGUCAGGAAGAUAUGCUGUAACUGGUAGAACACAUAACAUCCUUGAAAACUAGGUAACUUCAAUAAAAUAGAGCUAAUAUCCUUGUUACUUAGUACAGUAGUGAAGAAUCUGAAGUUUUUGGAACUCAGAGCAGGGAUGAAAAGCUAAUAUGGUACCAAGAGGAUCAGAUGUAGUCCUGUGGACACUCCUGGUGAAGAGGUGCAUGUGAAGCAUCCGGACAAUAUGUAGCACUAUCUGGGGCCUGGAGCUCCCAGCCCCUCUCAAUAAUUCAGAGGCUUGGGGAAGCAAAACCCCACUUGGGCUUCUCCAGCUGUACUUGUCUGUUACAGAGUCUUCACAACUUUUGGACACUGUGAGCAUAAAGCUGUAUACCUGUGAUAAAAUGACCUAAAGCAUACAAAAGUUAGGAGAAGGGAAGCAUUUAAAAUUGUGCUUUUCUGAAGGCAAAUGCUGUUUUGCAAAUACCAGAAGCUUUGGAAGCAACUCUAGGAAUGUAGAGGUGGUUACAAUGUAAAAUAUAUUGCUUUGCUACCACUCGGAGGCUUAAAUCUUCUGCACUACCUUUGGCAGCUUUGGCACUGUGUAAGCUCCUAGACUAAACUUUUAUUUGGAAGCACUUUGGUAUCUAUUUCCACACAGGUUCAUGUUUUGGGGAAGUUUUGGUUUGCAUGGUUUUCAUUAUUAGGUCAUGUCUGUUUUGUACGUUGUGAAAAAGCUGAAUCAAUUUAAAGCUUUGGCAGAAUUAUACCUAUUACAAGUUCUCUGUGAGCAUGUGAUGUCAAAAAGUGGGAUUUUUUUUUUGUUGUUCCAUAUCAAACCCAUGUAAUAUUGGAAAUAAUCAAUUACUGAAUGGAUGCAUUCAUUUUCAUUCCAGUGAUACACUUCAGGGGGUAAGGAGGGAGAGAGGCUUGAAAAUUUAGGUCCAGUGAUUAGAACUAAUCCUCAUAUUGCUGCUUCUUUUAGGAAAGUUUUUAAUUGAGUACCCAGGCAAAAAAUGUAGAGUGGCUGCACUGCUGUAAAGUUUAUAGUAAUUCAGAAAUUCCUGGUGUAAAGCACCAGCAACUUGAGGACUUUGUGGGAAAACUGGUCUGGUUGUUAUCCAAAACAUAUGUGGUUUCAUCCAGAGAGUAAAUUUUUGAAGUGCUUCUCUCCCAGCCAGAGGAUUAAAAAGCAAAAGAAAAUUAAUAUGCUUACAGACAAGCAUUUUAAUAUCAGAUAAUGAUUGGAUGAAUGUUACAUUUUUGGGAGACUUUAGUUUUUUGUCUUCAUUGGAAAAACAAGAGAAGCUGUAAAACUUCAAGGCAGUUAAGUCAGGGCCUGAUGAGAAAGGUGCUGGUGGCAACUUUAUUCUGCUGCCAGGGGUGGUACUUUGUGCUGGGGGCUCAGGAGCAGCCAGGGCCCCACGGUGCAGGUGGUGUUUGUUCCUGGUCAGAGCACAGAGACUUGAGCUUUUAAUGGACAUUGCUGAUCCCUACGGGACAGCAUUAAAAUACUUUUUAUAAAAAAAUGAACUGUAUUGACUGUGCCAGGCACUGUCACCCCCUUUCCAAGCUCUCUGCAAGCAGCACAGGGACCCCUUUGUGAGGUGAGGGGCGAAAAGGGGUCACCUGUGAAGCCAGUUCAGCAUCUCAUGGGAGUUUAAAACUUGCUUAAACUGAACGGUACGUUUAAUGCUGGAGCAGUGGUUUUAAAACAAUACAUAUGCAUAGAAAUUGCCUGAGUGGAAAAACUGUGGAGUGAUUGCUCAAGAAACACUCCGUUUAUAAUUGUACAAGUUAGCAUCCCUCUCAGCUAAGUUAUUAAUUAAAUGAAGAGAACUAAACCCUUUUCACUUUGCGCAACCAUGAAAAAGUUGUAGCAAUGUGUUUAAUCCAAACUUCAGUACAGAAUCCUCAUGGGAUUUUAAAAAGGAGAUGAGAAGAUGUCUAAAGUAAGAACACUUCACUAGUUAUGUCUUUACCCCAUUCUCCCCUUCUUUUACUGUAACAUUUUUAGUAAAAUUUCAGGUUAGUUCAAAAUCUCACUCUUUUUUUUUUUAAAUUUUAUUUAUUGUUCUUCAUUGACAACAUUUACAAAAUACUUUCCCCUCACUGCUGACACGUCUGUGCUUGGCUUAGCUGUGGGACUUUUAAUGCUCUGGAGGUUUUAUUUUCAAUGCAGAUCUCACCUCAGUAGUUUACGUGUCAAAACGUCAAUAACUUUGCACCUUUUGAAAGAACAAUGUCACUUUUAUAACUUGAUUAAACACUGUAUAUAAGAUAACUGUGUUAGUUUAUGUUCAUACGGCUAUGUAGAGGAACCAUCCAGAAAGAAAUUAUAAUAAAUACUUCAUACCCGA